AUGCAGUGCCUCUGGUCGACACUGCUUGGCCUUGUGGCUGUGCUCGUCCAGGUCACUGGUCGUUCGGUGCGUCAGGUCUCUGGUAGCUACCAUCCCGGAUAUUACGGACAACCGGCACCCUAUCCGGCCUAUCAUCAUGCCCCACUGCCCUACGGCUACGGAUACCAGGCCCCACCACCGGUCUAUAGUCCGGCACCAGCCGCCUAUUAUGGCAAUGUCUAUGGAGUCUUUAAGGAUUUUCCGGGUGGCGGAAGUCCAGUUAGAUACGAUUAUAACAAUCGCUGCUCUCGUAACUAUGUGGGUAUUAAACCACAUCCCGACCAGCAGCAGUAUUACUACAUUUGUCAGCCAAACUGUGUGAUUUUCAGCAAAUGCCCCAACCACGAAAAAUUCAAUCCCAGCAGUGGAAGAUGUGUCCAGCAACAGAUUCAGUCUCUUAACUUGCCCCUGAACCGACCAACGUGCCAGAAAGAGGGACGUUUCCCGCAUCCACAUGACUGCAAAGUGUACUAUCGUUGCCACAAAAAUCAAACAGAACCGUGGCUCUUUGCCUGUCCGGAGGGCACGGUAUUCUCCUCACUGGAGAGGAAGUGUUUGCCCGGGGACCAGUGCCCCUCGACAGAGAUCUCCGACAGCGGCAGCUACAUUCCACAGAACUGUGAGUUGAAGUUCCCCGAGUGCGCCGAGGAGGGCACCUUCCGUUCGCCGACGGACUGCGCCUUGUACUACACUUGCCGAUUGCAAAAGGAAACCGGAAAUUUCCUGCAGACGAGGUUCAAGUGCCCGGGCAGCAACAGCUUCGACCUGGACAAGAAGCUGUGUCGACCAUGGAAUGAGGUGGAGUGCUUUGAUUAUGUCCCGGGUCCGGUGCCGGGUCCUUUUGCGCCACUGCCUUACUACCCGCCCUAUCCGGCUGCUCUGCCGCUCUACGAGGAUGACUACGACACGGGUGCGGGUGCGGGCAAGGAGCAGGAGACCGCUGUCCUAAAAUCGGAUCGUGCCAAGAGCUUUGCGAAGCCUUCCGUCAACAUAGUCAUCCUGCCCACCACGCCCACCACCACCAGCCCCACCACUACUACGACGGCAGAGCCCAACCAUCCCACAUACUCGUAUCCUUACUAUUAUCCUUCCUACGAAAAGUCCCAUCAUACCAGCAGCAAGGAAGAGCCCGCUCUGAAGAGUCUGAAGCUGGAGGAGGAGACUAUCCCAGAGAACGUGGACAUUGUGAUUCUUCCCACGACGACAACGAAAAAGUACGAGUACGUGAAGUACACCAAGGCCAAGAUUGAGGAAGAGAAGGUCACAGAGGCUCCCAAAAGGGAAGCCCGAAAGUCGCUGAAGGGCUUGAGCUUAUCCGAGAAUAUUGUGAUUCUUCCGACGACGACAACGGCUCCAGUGGUUACUUGCCCCACACAUCCAACACAGAGUACGACCAAGAAGCCAGAAACAACUAGUACGACCACCAAGAAGCCAACUACCACCACAACUACAACCGAGAAGACAACGACAACCACGACUCCAAAGCCUACAACGACGACUCCGAAGCCAACAACAACUACGACUAAGAAGACGACAACCACCACGACUGAAAAGCCCACGACUACAACUAAGAAACCCACAACAACUACUGAAAAGACUACAACGACCACGACAGUGAGAACUACAACGACUACGAAGGCUACUACCACACAGAAACCCACUCCAACAAAGAGGGAAACCACUACAGUGACCACGACUACCGAAAAGCCAACAACCACAACUCAUAAACCAACGACUACGACUCCUAAACCGACAACUACUACUGAGAAACCAACGACAACUACCCAGAAACCAACUACGACUACUCCGAAGCCGACAACCACCACUGAGAAGCCGACAACCACACAGAAACCGACACCAACCAAGAGGGAAACGACAACUAUUAGUACGACAGAGAAGCCUAAGACCACGCUUAACCCAAUAACGACAACCACCAAGAAGACAACCACCGCUGAACCAAAAACAACGACCAAGACAAGCACAACAGUGACGACAACCACACAGAAACCAACAACGACGACUCUAAAAACAACGACUCCUAAGCCCACAACCACAGAGAAGACUACUCCAAAGCCCACAACUACAGAGAAGACUACUCCUAAGCCCACAACCACAGAGAAGACUACUUCUAAGCCUACAACGACUGAGAAGACAACUCCCAAGUCUACAACCACUGAGAAGACAACUCCCAAGCCUACAACUACCGAGAAGACAACUCCCAAGCCUACUACCACUGAGAAGACUACUCCUAAGCCUACAACGACAGAGAAGACAACUCCUAAGCCCACAACCACAGAGAAGACUACUCCUAAGCCUACAACGACUGAGAAGACAACUCCUAAGCCUACAACCACUGAGAAGACAACUCCUAAGCCCACAACCACAGAGAAGACGACUCCUAAGCCUACAACUACUGAAAAGACUACUCCUAAGCCUACAACUACCGAGAAGACAACAACAACUCCAAAACCUACAACCGAGACCUCUACGACUCAGAAGACAACCACCAUUACGACCACAACCACUCCAAAGCCAACAACUACGACUAAGAAACCAACAACAGUGACGAGUACUACCCAGAAGACAACGACAACUACUCAGAGACCCACAACCUCAACACCAAAGCCCACGACUUCCACUCCGAAGCCAACAACGACUACCAAACUGACAACCAUUUCUUCUACAACUUCUAAGAAGACAACAGAAACGACUCCCAAGACAACAACCACCCAGAGACCGACAACAACCACUCCUAAACCAACAACAGUGACAAUAACGACACCAAAGCCCUCGACUGUGACAACAACGACACUGAAACCGACGACAACCACUGCCAGGACAACGACAACGAAGAAAACAACAAUUCUUCCAAGUUCCAGUAGCUCCACCACCACCACCACCGAGUUGACCACCAAACCACACUGUCCCGAUUCGGACAACACUUCAGACACAAACACACAAAGCAAAUGCACACGUCCAUCAGAAGUAGUUCUGAAGUCACUUAGAAUCCAACAGACCGAGUCACUUCAGCCACAACCACCACAGCAACAACCACUCAGACAAAACCAAGAAACACACAUCCACACUAAGAUACCCGCCGGCAAGAGUGUUUUGGGGGAGAACCUCAUCUCCGGCGGAGUGGGGCAGAGUCCAGACUACAUGGACGAUGGCCCCCGGGAAGAUGGAUCGGCGGAGAGUGGAUCCUCGGGACAGAACACCACAAAGCUGCCCACCACCACCCUGUCCACACUGGCGGCGGCUCAGCUUUUGCGGCGGCUGUUCCAUGUGAUCUCCACCACGCCCACCCCGCCGACCACUCCCCGGCUGACCUUGGCCCAGAUGGCGCGCCACAAUCUGGCCACAUCGAAGCCUUUCAUCGCCCACUCCCUGAGGCUGUCCAUCAAGCAGCUGGCCUCCACCCAGAAACGAUCCAUUGGCCUGCAGCCGAGGGUCCUGAAUACGACUAGCAGCCGGGAAAAUGGCAUUCCAGAGGACUCUGAGUACUACGACGAGGAUACGGCGGAGCAGUACGGCGAUGAGGAAACUGAAGUGGCUUCCGCCAAGGCGGCUAGCACCACGGUGGCUGCGGUGCUGCCUCUUCAGCCCACCACAACCACUGAGAAGAAGCCAGAAGAGACUACAACUACGCCAAAGCCAACCACUUCCAGUACUGCCCAGCCCGAGUAUGAAGACGAGUCCGGAAGCUCGGAUUACGCCAAUGAUGAGCCCGCGGAUGCGGAGAAUGAAAUACCAAGUGGAGCGAAGAGUCUAGAAGAACGCAAGAGUCUUUUACUAAACUUGCUCAAGCAGAGAUUGUAUCAAACAGAAGAGGCAACCACCACAACAACUUCGGCAACCCCCACAACCUCCACAAGCUCCAAGACCUCCACAACCUCCACAACUUCCACAAGCUCCACGACCUCUACAAGCUCCACGACCUCUACAACAUCCACCACCACCACAGUAGAACCUCAGAUCUCAAGCACCACCACACUAAGACCAGCUGUAGUAGCUAAGAACUCAACUUCCUCAGAAUCCUAUGAAGAUGAGGAUUAUAUGGAAGAUGAACCCAUAUCCUCCAAGACAGAACCAGAAGCUAAGAAUCUUGAAUCCAAGCUGAUAGUUAAACCAACAGUAGCUCCUGCCAAGAGACACAUAAUCCCUGAAUUGUCUUUCAAUUUACAACAAAAUGAAGUUGUGUCUUCGGAAGUCAAAGCUUUGAGUGAUAAUGUCCUGUUUCAAGGAGUAGCAGAACCCCUUCGUCAACCUUUGAGGCUUACAAGUUCUUCGCCGCGCCAAGAGGUGCUGACUGUAAACAGUAAGCCCUGGCUGCUGUUGGCCAAAAACCAAACCGUUCACCUAACUCCCAUCGCCACUGCCGGCCACCCAGUGAACCAAAAUCAAACUGAAACGAGACCAUUCUCUGAACAUUCCACAAUAGUUGCCACACCGGACGAUGAACUCUCCACCGAAAAGGUGCCCCAACUCAUUGUGAAGGUGUACGAGCCCAUCGACCUAAAGAUUGUGUUCUGCCCCAAGUCCUGUGACGAGGAUCAUGACCACAAAUAUGACCCAGCUGAUAAUCAUAAGAAGCCCAGCUGUUUUGGAAGCGGAUGCGACAAGGAGGAGGAUGAUGUCCAUAAACAUGUCGCCAUCCAGUGGAAGCCACUGGAGAUGAGUGACGUGGCCAGUUUCCAGAAUGCAGGCUAA